AUGUGCUGUACGGGGAAAUGUGCUCGCCUGGUGGGGCUCAUCCUGCUGCCCACCGCGCUGAUCUGCAUGGUGGCCAACCUGCUGCUGUUCUUCCCCAACGCCGAGCCGCGGGAAAACAGCGAGAUCUCCCUGCAGGUCUGGCUCAUGGGGGGGCUGAUCGGAGGGGGGCUCUUCAUACUGUGCCCCACUUGUUCUGCUAUCAGGGCUGGGGGCAAGGGUUGCUGUGGAAACGGUUGCUGUGGUAACCGCUGCCGGAUGCUGAACUCCGUGUUCUCGUCUUGCUUCGGACUGCUUGGCGCCCUCUACUGCACCAGCGUGGCCAGUGCAGGCCUGGCCGUCGGGCCGAAGUGUAAGGUGGCUAGCGGCGCGUGGGAGUACCCGUUCGAUACCCCUGAAACGUCCGGUUACCUGGGUAACCAGACACUGUGGACCAUGUGCAAGUUCCCUGAGAAUGCGGUGGAGUGGCACGUGGGCCUGUUCUUCAUCAUUCUGGCCAUGGGCACACUGCAGACCGUGCUCCUGGGCAUCCAGGUGGUCAACGGCUGCAUCGGCUGCAUCUGCGGGGACUGCCGCAAGAGGCCGGAGGAGGACGGGGGCCUGUGAGAGGGUGAUGGCGCGAGGAGGAUCACCCACUCCGAUCCGGGCGGUUCUGUGACAUCAUUACGACCACACGAUGCUGAUGAUGAAUAUAAUAUAUAAUAGAUUGAUGUAUAAUAUCAUAAUAUAAGACAUUUUCUUCAAAUAACCAGGCUUCCUAACGGAGGGGGUCCAUUGAUCCGAGUGCCACUCCCUCUGUCAUGUCCCAUUUUAUAUGAUGUGAACUGAACUGCAGAUGAAUAUGGGUGGUAAUUCAAAUAAACCUUUUUAUUGUUUCGAUUUAGAUCUGAUUAUGUAGUAUUUUGCACGAAGUGACUUUACUGAAAAAUGUACUCAUGGUAUUUAGAAUCUUAAUAAAUAACCCCAGCUUUUUUUCACAAUAAAAAAUUAUGAUAUCAAUCACGA